AUGUAUAAUGGCAGAAUGGACCCUAUGGAGCACGUUAGUCAUUUCAACCAGAGAAUGGCUGUUCAUUCCAAGAAUGAGACCUUGAUGUGCAAAGUGUUCCCAUCCAGUUUGAGGCCUGUGGCGAUGAGAUGGUUUGACGGCCUUGAAGAAGAUUCUAUUAGCUCCUUUAAGGAGCUUACUAGGGCGUUUAGGGCUCGUUUUGUGACUUGCAGUAGGGUUCCCCGGCCUUUGGACUCCCUACUGUCUAUGACCAUGCGAGAAGGGAAGACCUUAAAAACGUAUUCCGACAAGUACUGGAAGAUGUUCAAUGAGAUAAAUGGGAAUUUUGACGACGUGGCUAUAAAGACUUUCAAGGUUGGCUUGCCCGCCAAGUAUGAUCUGAGAAAGUCUUUGACCAGGAAACCAGUUAGGAGUGUGCGUCAGCUCAUGUACCGUAUUAAUGAGUAUAAGCGGGUCGAGGAGGACUAA